CGGUUCACCGGCACACGCUUCCGCUCCCACAUACAGUGUAUAUACGCUGCAUAAAUGCUGCAGCAGGUGCCGACAGAUGGUACAUAUUGGCCAUUUUCAUCAGGCGGAUUACCGACGCGGCUCGGCUGCCUUGUUUUGCCGUCAAGCACAGCUUGACAGUGUACACACACCGUGGCAGAUUAGUUUUGCAUGUGUUUGCACGCGCUGCGAUCCGGAGGGAAUUUCUUAGGUUUCUCGGGUUUCUUACAUUUCUUUAAUUGCUCAAACGUGCCUGAAAUUUCGAUAUCCCCAGUUCUUACCAUUUUUGCGCAUCGACUCUGAUAAUAUUUUGUCGUACACUGGUUCCCACGGUGAAUGUAUUCUUGGGAAACCAUUCAUUUCAACCCUGAGAUAUAAAUUCCUUUUAGUAAAAUUGCUGGUUUAUUCAAUCGUCCCGGACACUAAAAAUCAUGGGCGCGGACAAAGGCCCCGACCCGCCCACGACCCUGAUCGACCCCGCUCUCCUCAAGGAGCACAUGGAUGCCCGACGGGCCAACAUGAUCAUCCUGGACUGCAGCUACGACCUGAACCGCAAUGUGGAGAAGGACUACCUGACUGGGCAUAUUCCGGGCGCCCUAUACUUCAGUAUCAAGGAAUGCCGCGACAAAUCCUCACCGUAUCCGCAGAUGCUCCCACCGGCGCCCGUAUUUGCUCAGUUUGUCGGCGCCCUGGGAAUUGACAAUAACACGUACAUUGUGGUGUAUGAUAAUAAUCCACGUGGACUCUUCGGUGCCGCCCGCGUGUACUGGAUGUUUCGGGCGUUUGGGCAUGAUAAGAUUUCCAUCCUGAACGGUGGAUACGUUGGAUGGAAGGCCAAACACUACCCGACCACGAUGCAGCGCGAUUACCUCACACCGCGGGUGUUCCAUGCGACGAUGCGCGCCGGAUACCUGACGACGUUCGAAGAUGUAGUGCAGACAAUUAAAGGCGUAACAUCGCUCCCCGCCCAGCUCGUGGAUGUCCGUCCGCCCACACUGUACCAGUGCGGACACCUACCCAAGUCGAAGAAUAUGCCAUACUACAGUUUAUUAAACGACCCAUUACCGACGCUAAAAGACGAGGACGGCCUGCGGAAAGCCUUCGCUGCCGCCUCCAUUGACUUGGACCAGCCCAUCGUCAGCUACUGCAAUUCCGGCGUAGCAGCAAGUAUGCUCUUCCUGGCGGGUAUCUUAUUGGGCAAAACACCGGAAGAGAUCACCGUGUACGAUGGAUCCUGGUGGGAAUGGGAUCGGCGGGCGAAAGGUCAUCAUGGAUAUAUUGAAUAUUCCCUGUAAAAAUGUUCAAACAGUUGCCAAUCGCUGUCUUUUAAUCUGUUUCUAUGUUAAAUAGCGAAUCUAUCUGCUUGUAAAAAAUCCUUUCCUAAUCAAAUACGUACCAAAUCAAUGUACAUUUCAGCAUGCGCCAUGACGGUGCAGUUUUCUGUGACGAACGAUGAUCUCUUGUCAGUCUUUUGAAUAUAUUUGCUGAUAGCCAUUCGACGGUUGUCGAGUUCAUUGAUGAGA